CAAAGAAAGACAAAAAUAAGCAGAGCACAAACUCCCCUCUUUUUUCAAAAAAACCCUACUUCGCCGGCGCUAUCUUGUCGGAGACGGAGAUAGUUGCUGGCCGGCGGCUGUGUUAAACAAUAUGAAAGUCGUUGCUUUAGUCAGUGGCGGCAAGGACAGUUGCUAUGCCAUGAUGAAAUGCAUUCAAUAUGGUCACGAGAUUAUUGCGUUGGCUAAUUUGAUUCCCGCUGAUGAUGCAACCGAUGAGCUUGAUAGCUACAUGUAUCAAACAGUUGGGCACCAGAUAGUUGUUAGUUAUGCUAAAUGCAUGGGACUCCCAUUAUUCCGGAGGCGAAUUCAAGGAUCCACAAGAUGCAUUGGGUUAUUGAUGCCAUCAUUGAUGAUUGAAGAUUCUAAAUGGAAUGAGUGUACACCUAAACUCACAGAGAGGCAAGUUGUUUCAGAAUACAAAUAUCUCAGAAUCAGUGUGGACCUAACUAAAAGCAAAAUGCAGGUUGGGCACCAGAUAGUUGUUAGUUAUGCUAAAUGCAUGGGACUCCCAUUAUUCCGGAGGCGAAUUCAAGGAUCCACAAGGGCAAAUGAGACCUAUGUCAGAUUUAUUACUCAAGAGAAGUGUCGUUAUGGUGUACCAUCACGGUCCACCAUUGAGCUCCCUCUAUUGCUAGUUGGUUUAGGGAGGGCAUAUAUUGAAGUUUUAGUGGCAAAUGAUCCUACUAAAAAGGUCUUGCAUGUACAAAGUAUUUCUUGCUGGGCUCCUAGCUGUAUUGGUCCAUACAGUCAGGCAACUUUGCACAAUGAGAUACUACACAUGGCAGGACAGCUGGGGCUUGACCCAGCAACUAUGUUGCUCUGUGAAGGAGGUCCUGUUGCGGAACUUGAACAGGCACUGGAAAACAGUGAAGCAGUUGCUAGAAGCUUUAAUUGUUCAAUAUCUACGUCAGCCAUGGUUUUUGUGAUAUAUUGUUCAGAAUCUGUAGAAAAAUCAGAAAGAAUUAUUGUCCAAAAGAAAACAGAAACACUUCUUAAGCAAAUGAAGUCGAACCAUGCUGAUGGCACAAAGAAGUCCAAAGUCCUAGAUCCAAUUUUCCUAUAUGUUCUUGUUCCUGAUCUGCCGAAAAGAGCUCUGGUUGAGGUAAAGCCUAUGUUUUACACGGGAGAGUAUUUGUCGGGUCCAAGUGACUUAACCAAGCAAUCACAAUCCAUAGAACAAGAUUAUUGCGGGCAUGACAUUAGCCUUCAGAAAUGUGUUGCUUACGGCAAAAUAUGCACAGUAAUUCUUUCAGUUACUGAAGAGCUUGCAGCAAAAAUUUGCUCCCUCGCUAGUGUUGCAUGUCCUGCCAAUGUUAUGUCCAAAGGUCUUGUUGAAAAGGAACAAGUCAUAUUGAUCGCAAGAUUUUGCAUUUCUCGUCUCGAUAAAGUCCUUUCGGAGAAUAAUUUCACUUGGGACGACAUAAUGAAUUUCCGGCUCUACUUUGCGAGCAAUCUUAAUAUCUCUCAUGGAACAUUGUCUGAAAUCUUCUCUGAUGUGUUCAAUGAACUUGUUCAGAUGAGUCGGAGAAAUAAAGUAGACGCUGAGCCUAUUUUAAAUAUAGUUCCUGUCUUGGGUGCCGGGCGUUCUUUAUCGACCUUGGAUGAUAUAUUCACAUGUGAACUCAUUGCUAGCAAAUGUUAGUUCUCAUUUAAAUUGGGGAAUGAUAUAUUAUAUGUUUCAAUUCAGAAAAAGAGAGUUUUGAACUUGACAAAAUUCUUAUUAUGUUUUUGCCAUACCCAAUUGUUACAAUUUACACUUAGCUUCACACGAAAUGAAUAUAUGAGUGUUUCAACUCGAAUUGAAGAGAUGGUGACUUUUGACUGUUCCUUGAUGGGAAGAUUUCAGACUUGGAAGAAAUGUUCUAAUUGCUUUCAGUUCUAGUGCUCAAUUUUUUAAGUCAUUUGGUUUGAAGGAAAAUUUUUACGCCAAGCGUUUGCUGAUGGAGUUGAAUGGAAAAACCUUAGCCCGCAGUCGGUGAUUUAUGAAAAUGUGUAUUUAAUUAACUAUAGUUUAAUGAUAGGAGCGUAUGCGCAGA